CCUUCCGUGGGCGUGGCCCCCGUUGGCCAAUGGGCGGACGCGGUGGAGGGAAAAGCCAGAGGGCGAAGGGCCGGCCAGACGCAGGGACGCCGCGCGUCAUCAAAUGACGGUGUUUGGAAAAAUUUCAAGGCAGCUCUGCAGCUUAAAGAAAAUCCCAUGGUCAUGUGACUCCAGAUACUUCUGGGAAUGGUUGAAUACAGUGUUUAAUAAAGUAGAUUAUGAGCGCCUCAGGGAUGUUGGCCCUGACAGGGCAGCAUCUGAGUGGCUACUUCGGUGUGGGGCCAAAGUACGCUACUGUGGCCAUCAGAAGUGGCUACAGGACUACAACAGCCUCCCAGGAGGCUCCAUGGACAGAUAUAAGAUUCAAGCAAUUGAUGCCACUGAUUCUUGUAUCAUGGACAUUGGAUUGGAUCACAUGGAGGGCCUAGAGCAUGUUGAAAAAAUAACGCUAUGCAAGUGUCAUUAUAUUGAAGAUAACUGUUUGCAGAGACUUAGUCAACUUGAAAAAUUACAGAAAAGCCUGUUAGAAAUGGAAAUAAUUGCCUGUGGGAAUGUCACAGACAAUGGCAUCAUUGCUUUGCGACAUUUUAGGAACCUCCGGUACUUGUUCUUAAGUGAUCUUCCUAGAGUAAAAGAUAAAGACAAUCUUGUCCAAGUCUUUAAGACAGCACUGCCUUCUCUAGAACUGAAAUUAAACCUGAAGUAAAAUAAGCGUCUGAUUUCACUAUACAGGGUCAUUUGAAAUUGCCGAUACUAAAUAACUAUAAAUAUACAGAAUCACCAAGAGAACUGAGUAAAUGGCUUAGAAAUGGAGAGUGGAUGUUACACAGGCAAUAAAUAUUCAAAAGUGACUCACCAAAGUUACAUAGUUAGAAGUGAGAAAUUAUGUACAUGGAAUCACUUUUUAAAAUAUGAUGUAACAAUUUAAUUCUAAUAUAUUCCUCAUUGGCAUAUAUACUGUAGAUAUGGCUUUGUGUAGAUAUUGGCAUAGAGUUCUUUAAACUGCAAUGCAAAUAUUCUCUUUGAUGUUAUAGUAAUUUACAUCCUUAAAGGCACUGAAGUGUGUUGCUGCGAAUGCCCGAUUAUGAAAACCUGAAGCUCAGUUACAGACUCAGUGAUGGAGUCAGUUGUGUGCAGUGUGAAUGGUGUUGUGAGCACGUGCUGCGCUGCCUCCCAGGGUCUGCAUGCAUGCAUUACUCAAGCUCCUGUACCGCUGUGCUCUCCAUAGAACACACUUUUUAAAAUACCCUUUCUCAGAAUGAAAAGUGCUGGCUAAUCCGUCCUGCUCUUAAGCUUGGACUACUGCUGGCUAAAACUGAACACAGGUUCUUUUCUAUAGCCAACUAGUUUUACUGGUAAAACAAAUCAGGAACUGUACUAUCUUUACUCCCCAUCUGCUUCAAACAAAAUGUUAGUGUGUUGAUUAAAACCUAAAUUUUGCUGUCCCUCAAA